GUGCUGCUGAAAAAUUUUAAUACUUUCUAUCGGAUUUUGUUGUUAGAAUAGAAAAUAAAAUCUGAAAUGUUUUCCGGGUUGGAGAUGCUUCUAGAUGCAGCCACCCAAAUGGAAAAGAAAUGUCUGCCGAAUAGUGAUCCGACAAGUGAACGGAGUUUCGAAUUGGAUGUAAGAAAGUCGAGAAAUCGAAAAAGGUGCAAUGAUCACCAGUAUGCCAAGCAACCGGAAUCGUCAUUUGUGCACACCGGAGCUAAUGUGAUGUACACAACCUUCCCCUUUGGAUCAACAUCAAAUUCGGGCAUUGUAAAACGGUUUCCGUUUUUCGACAUUUCCAGUGAGUAUUUCCAUGCUGCACAAUCCGAUGAGCUUGGUAGUAACUUACCGAAGGAUUUGUCCGUCCGAUAUAUUCUACCGAAGAAGAAUGAGGCUGAGGAACCAAUUGAGUUAACUGAUAUAAUGGUUUUCCGCUAUUCGACGAGCAGCCCUGGAAUUGUUUUGUUCAAACAUGAUGUGGGAGAAACUUCAUUUGAACGAACAAAUAUCAUCUCUUGUGCAGAUCCAAUGCCGAUUGGGAUUGAUUUAAUUGAACUUCACAACAUUGAAGAAGGGCCCAUCAUUCUACCGGAUGCAAAAUUGGCAGACUUGAAAGCAUUAUUACCGUAUAUAAAAAACAAGAGCUAUUAUCAAACAUUCCUAAAGACGCUAGUACCAGCCAAACGUGGCAGAAAAGAAAAAGACAAAUCAAAUAGAUAA